AUGGUGCUGCAGGAGAUUAUCGAUCUGUAUGUACUCCGGUGUCUCAGCCACCACCCAGGCGACAGGCAAAAUAUAUUUCACGGCAUGGGCACUCCGGAGGAGCAGCGAGAGAAGAGAAAGGCAUCUCCAUGCCUGAAUCCUGUCAACAAGGCAUCCUACAGAACCAGCUUCAGAUUCAGGCUACAUACAUAUUAUCAUUCAUGGCCGGGGAGACUGGUCUUCCCACCACGCGGGAUGGUGCUCCACCGCCCAGUUGUCCCGGCGAUGAUCUGGAGUGGAAAAGCGGACUGCUCUACACAUCCCUGGCCUUCAGUACAGAAUGGAGUCAAGCUAUCACCAGACCACAAUCCAAGCUCCACCGUCGACCAGGCUUCAAAGCUCCAAGUUAUGACGCAAGGAAGAUGUGGAUGGGAAUCCUCCUACGAUGUUUCCUGUCCCACAGCUGAUCUCAGGGAACCUUUCGGGUUACCCCCUCGGGUACCUGAGCAAGGUCAGGGUGGUGAAAGCCUGGUGCCAUGGGCGCUUCUGAACCUGCAUUGGCCUGUUACACCUAAAUCAAUAACGGUGACUGGCGCCAUGGCCAGAGAGCUCAAGGAUGACCUCUCGAUCUCAAACACACAAGCACAAGGUCGCAUAUAUUAA